GAGCCAAACGGGGUGGCCAGUAAAGGCCUGGGCUUUGUGUUGACAGGUGGCGCUGGACGGAGCCUCCUGCACCCCCUCCCUUGUAACCCUGACGCCUUGGCGCACAAAACACCAGCAGGAUGACGGACUCUACCACCACCACCACCACCACCAUCAAGGGACAGAGUAACCCUGCAUUUGUUGGGGACGACCCUUCAUGCAAAGACAUAGCCAAGGCGGAACUUGCGGUAGUUGUCUCCAAGAAAGAACUGACCAAAGAUGAAAAGCUCGAAAAGUUCCGCAUCCUAAAGAACGUGAUCAUCAUAUCCAUCGCCUUCAUGUUCCUCUUCACCUCCUUCAACUCCAUGGCCAACCUGCAGUCUUCGAUCAACAAAGUGAAAGGCACAUAUGCGCUCUCCACCCUGUACACCGCCUUGGUGGUCUCAUGCGCCUUCGUGCCCACGUGGAUGAUCAAGAAGUUCAAGGCCAAGUGGACGCUGUGCUUCUCCAUGCUGUGCUACUCCACCUACAUCGCCGCCCAGUUUUACCCUCAAGUGUGGACCCUCGUGCCCACCUCCAUCAUCCUGGGUCUCGGCGCGGCGCCCAUGUGGUCCGCCAAGUGUACCUAUCUUACGCAGGUGGGCAGUAAGUACGCCGAGAUCGUGGGAGAGAACUCCGAGGUAGUGAUCGUGCGCUUCUUCGGCAUCUUCUUCCUCUUCUUCCAGUCGACGCAGGUGUGGGGUAACCUCAUCUCUUCGGCAGUGCUGUCCCAAGGGCUGGUGGAGGAGGAGGAGGUGGACGGGGCUGCACUCAUGUCUUGCGGGGUGAACUUCUGCCCCGAAACAAGCUCGUCUAACUCCGCCAACAUCACCAACCUCGCCAAGCCGUCCAUGUCAAAGAUUUACGUCAUGGCCACCAUCUACCUCGUCUGCUCCAUCGUCUCGUCCAUCAUCAUCGCUGUGCUGGUCGACCCUCUCACCAGGUUCGGGGAGAAUGAGAGAACGGGCUCAUCUACGGGCAAGAGCGGUAAAGAGCUGCUUGUCGCAACAUUCAACCACAUGCGUCACCCAUACCAGCUCUUGGUCAUCCCCCUCACUAUGUGGUCCGGCGUGGAACAAGCCUUCCUAGGUGCAGACUUUACUGCCGCGUACGUAUCGUGCGGGCUGGGCGUGCACAUGGUGGGGUACGUGAUGAUCUGCUACGGGGUGUGUGACGCCAUCUGCUCCAUCACCUUCAGUCCGCUGGUGAAGAUGGUGGGUCGCGUGCCCAUCUUCACCAUGGGGGCGCUCAUCAACCUGGGCAUCAUCAUCACCCUGCGGUACUGGAUGCCGCACCCCGACGAUGUGGCGCUGUUCUUCGUGAUGGCGGGUCUGUGGGGGGUGUCGGACGCCGUGUGGCAGACGCAGAUCAACGCGUUCUACGGCGUGAUCUUCCCCGGGGAAUCUGAGGCCGCCUUCAGCAACUACCGCCUGUGGGAGUCUCUGGGCUACAUCUUCACCUACGUGGGCAGCUCCACCACGUGUAUAAGCGUCAAGCUGACCAACGUCUUGGUAUCGCUGAUCUUCGGCAUCAUCGGCUACUACACCAUCGAGGCGUUGGAGCGCCGAGGAGGACUAAGGAAGGACGAGAACGGCAAGGUGGUGACCAUCGACGUUCUGGUCAAAGAGAAACUACGAGUAUUCGACACAAAGAGCCAGUGACUCUAAGCAACCCUGCUGGGGACGAAACAACUAUACUUGACAUUCCAAACGGGCUGUGGCCUCUUAGUUACUUACUUCGUCUAAACGAUAAAAGAUCUCACAAAAUACAGUGAUUGUGGCUUUAGUUGUGAAACUCAAAUGUCACGAAUACUGUGUCAAUCUGAAAGAAUAAAAAUGUACUUAAUUAUAGCUAUUCCAGGGACGCUACAAUUUAGCGUUUUUUUUUUUUUUUUCGAUGAAACCGCACUUUAGUUAAAUUGGUUUUAAUGAGUCAAACCCCUUUUAUAUUAUAAAAAUCUUUCAUAUUCCAAUUUCAUAUGUAUAAGGGUCGUGAAUGUUUACAGCCCUUUUCUUUCAAGACAAUAUUAAAUCACUAAUAGUGCGUUGUUGACUGUUAUGUAUAAAACACUAGGUCCUGGCCAUGACACGGCGCCACACGCCCCGGCGGCUGGGUGUUGCUGCGCUGCUUUGUCUUUCAUGACCAGUCAUGAAACACCGCCCUGAGUUGUACACUUGUAAAGCCAUGGAUGGAUUACUGUACUCUUUUUGACUUCAACACUGACACUCAAAUAAUCGAGUGAAGAAAAGUGACGAGUUAAAAUAAUGAGACUGUGUGUGAUGUGCAACCGACGACUGUACCAGUUAUUAUGACAAAUGUAAUGCUUUAUGUGUAUUAUACUCCACUGUGAUUUUGAGCAGUAAUGAAAAUAUAUGUAAAAUGUUGAACGUAC